AUACCCCAGCACAGGACCCACCCAUAGACAUGGGGUAAACAGCCUUCCACUUCAUCACCGAAUGUCAAAGAUAAGACACGUCCCUGUCGCACGUGUAUAGACACGUCAGAUUAUAACCUAAUCUGUCCGUCCAUCCAUACAUUUUGUCCUCUUCACGCAGGGUGAAGGAAAAAUCUACAACACAAAUUUCAUCCGUGUAUUCAAAAUAACUAUUUAUUUGCUAUGCACAGCAUUUGCACAAUAAAUUGCACAAAGAAGAAAUGGUAUGCUCUUUAGCAUAAAAAUGGCACAGAAUUGCAUGGAUUGCAGGCUUAAAUGUUGUUGUUCCGCAGUAUUAUCCAGUGCAGGGCGCUUCCGAAGAGCGGCACCCAAACAAAAGCUGAAUUUCACUGAGCCGAGAAAACAGGGCGGAAACAAACUAGUGGUGACCAGCAAGGCUGCUGAUUUUGGGGAAAGGGAUUGUAAUGAUGGGUUUCCAAUUAUACCCAAAAAUCCUUUCAGUGAAGAGGCUAUUGGAGCUGAAUAUGGAGAGGCUUUUGAAGCUUACAAACCAAAUGGCCCACUAGAAGUUGAUGUAGAUUUCUUGAAUGAUCGACUACGUGAAAGUGGUCUUCAAAGAAUAAGAUACUCAAUGAAACCUGAUGAAGCUUUUGGUCUCAUUUUUUCAUGGGACAAUGUAGUGUUAACGUCCAAAGGAAGCACAGAGAUUAGCAAAAUCAAGGAAUGCCAUAAGGCAGAUACAUGGGCCCUCAGGAUGGAUGCUUGGAACCGACUAGCAUCUGAAGAGGGAAAAUUGAUUCCAGAUGACAUUGAGACGCAACGUCGGAUGCUUUCUGCUGGUGCUGAGCAUGUAUUGUGUAAGGUCCUUUUCUGGGAAAAAGCAAGAGAUGAAGUGGAGAGGUUGAAGCUGCGGCUAUCAGAAAUAUUCUAUGAAGAAUUAUCCAGAUUACAAGCACCAAUGGAGGGAUUGAAAGACUGGUUGGAAGCUCUCUAUACAGCUGGUGUGCCAUGUGCAAUUACAUCUUCCUUGGAUCGUCAAAGCAUAGUUGCAGCUCUUGAAAGAAUGGGACUCCGUAAUUAUUUUCAGGCUAUCGUGGCAGAUGAAGAUGGAAUGGAGUCCAUUGCACAGAGAUUUCUUUCUGCUGCUGUAAAGUUGGAACGACCACCUUCCAAAUGUGUUGUUUUUGAAGAUGAUCCUAGAGGCAUCACAGCUGCACACAACUGCACAAUGGUGGCAGUGGCUUUGAUUGGUUCUCAUCCAGCAUAUGAAUUAGUCCAAGCAGAUCUUGCUGUAGCAAGCUUUAGCGAGCUUUCUGUUUUCAACUUGCGACGUCUGUUUGCAAACAAGGGUUCCAAAUUUAUGGAUUUACAAAAACAAGUUGUUGAAAAAAGCCCAUCCAGAAGAAAGCUUACCGUUGACACUAUCUUUUAGUUUACAAGAGAUACUGCCGUAUUGAGUUCAGCUGUAGCAACUACACAUUUUUAAGUAGUUUGUUACACCCCUUUGCAGCCCUGUUAAUAAAAACACAGUGAGAUGGUUUGAGUAGCUGAUGUUUGUCACUUCUUUGCUCGGCCAGAAGAUAUGGGAAAGAAAUAAUAGAUCUUCAUCAGCACUGUUCCAUAUGGUACACUCCUCUUUAGAAACUAAGGAUGGCAGGGAAGAUCCAUCUAGAAGGGAUCAGGUGGUAUUGUUUACAUUGGUCAUCUAAUGUUUGCUUGGCUCGGAAAUCAUGUCUGCCUACUAUUAUUAAUGCAGCUCAUCCCUAGUCUUUGUAGCAUGUUCAUCUGUUUUAUACAAACAAUUUCUGCAUGUGAACAUUGUACAUUUAGUCAGGAACAGUGUGAAUUUGUAAUAGUUGAUAUACUAAUCAUAACUUCUUAUUGCUAGGAGUGCAAUAAGUUGUAAGAGCUUUGAUCUUCUGUUUCCAUAAUAAGUUCAUUUACUAA